CUUCACUGCUAUUGGUCUACCACCUGAGCCUGGAGCAACACCCUCAGUAGUCAUUACCUGCAGCCCUCAGCUUUACCUCUAGUCCGCAAUGCAGUAACUGUGAGGUGCUCAUUUCUCAGCUCGUUAUUACUGGAAGAAAUUCAAUCACAUAACAAGAAAGAAGAGAAAGAGUGGAUACACAGGAGCACGUACGAGAGUAAUAAUUAACAACCGGUAGUUAAAAAAAGAAGAAACCUCUCAAGUAUGGCAUACUCUAGGACGCUGUGUUCUUCGCUUUAUAGAGUUUCUCGUCUUUCUGCGAACACCAUUUUUAGGCGAAACCUAUCAGUCAGUCACAAACAGUGUAACUCUCAAACCACAGUGGGAUUUAUUGGACUUGGGAACAUGGGAAGACCAAUGGCUACCAAUCUAAUAAAGAAGGGUCACAGUGUUGUGGCGUAUGAUGUUAACGUUGAGGCGAUGGAAUGUCUGCAGGAUGAAGGUGCAAGCAUUGUAUCCAGCCCAGCUGAAGUGGCCAGUAAAGUUGAUAGUAUCAUCACUAUGCUGCCUAAUUCACAGCAUGUGAGGUCAUGUUAUACUGGAGAGAAAGGUGUCUUUGAGACAGUGCAACCUGGGACACUCAUUGUGGACAGUAGCACCAUUGACCCCAGUGUGUCUAAGGAGUUGGCUGGUGCUGCACUUAAGAAAGGUGCUGUCUUCAUGGAUGCACCUGUGUCUGGAGGUGUAAAUGCUGCAAAGGGUGGAACCCUCACAUUCAUGGUUGGAGGAGACGAAAAAGAAUUUGAGGCAGCAAAAGAACUUCUAUUAUCCAUGGGCAAAAACAUUGUAUACUGCGGUGCUAUUGGAAAUGGACAGGCUGUUAAGAUCUGCAACAACAUGCUAUUAGCUAUCACAAUGAUUGGUGCUGCUGAGACCAUGAAUUUGGGAAUGAGGUUAGGACUGGAGCCCAAGCUGAUGGCCAGUAUUAUCAGUACAGCCACUGGCCGCUGCUGGGCCAUGGAACUGUACAACCCAGUUCCUGGCGUGCUAGAAAAUGUACCUUCAUCUAAUAACUACGAGGGUGGCUUUGGAACGGCACUCAUGACAAAAGAUUUGGGUCUAGCUCAAGAUGCGGCGACCAAGACCCUCUCUCCAACACCUCUUGGUUCUCUCUCACACCAGAUUUACCGACUAAUGACCAACUCUGGCUUAGCUGAGAAGGACUUUUCGUCCGUGUUCCAGUUUCUCCAAGAACAACACAAGAAAUGAAGUAAUAGUUCAGUAUGUGUUGGUAGAUAGUGCAUUCUGGGCUAUUUGUAAUUUUGUGUACUGAAUUCCACUUGUACUAUAACUUGUAAAAAGGUUUAUUUAAUAAUUAUUAUGUUAUGGACUUGUAGCGGGAAUAAAUAGAGAUGAAUGAAAUUGGCAUAUUAUAUCUCGGGUAUUUCUAUGGUACAGUACUGUAUUUAUUUUUUUCUUCACAGUUUCCUCUUGUUAUAUUACUCUGAUUAAUUUAAUGAUGUUACUGUGUUUUCUUAAACAUUCAUGUAAUUUCAAGCAUUUUCUGUCUAUUAUUCCUUACUAUGUCUCUGGUAAUAUUUCAUAGUUCAGAAGUUAUGAAGAUGACCAUUUAAUUUCUUUUGAUCUCAUUUUCUUCCAAAUGUAUUUUUCACUUCCUUCCAUACUUUUCCCUAUUAGAAAUGUUAUUUUUAUCUUACUUAAUUUUAGAAAUAGAUAACAUCAUGUACAGUAGGGUUUCAGAGUAUACGUGUAUCCAUAGUACCCGACCCCAUUUAUACGCGUCUGACCCCCUGAACCACCCUUACACUUGGGUCAUGCUCUUGCUGAGUGGCUGAACUGUGUCACGUUGCCCAGAGGCUGGUUUAAGUGAGAAAGGAGCUAUUCUUUGUACAUAAAGUAAUAUAUACUUUAUCAGUGAAUGUGAGGAAUAAAUAAUGAUAAUAUGUCCUAAUAAAUAAAAUCUAAGGAAAAAGUACUGUGUUGUCAUUAGCAAUCAUUUCACUAUAUACAGUACUGGAGACAUGUAGCAGUUGAUAUCCCGCACACUGUUCCCCCCUCCCCUGCACGAAGAAAUGUUUAUUUCCUUUAUGCUUUUGACCUUAUGGUAAUUAUUAUUAUUUUAUUUUUUUUGCACAUUCUGUUUGAAAGAUUGUGUUUGCAUGUAACAGAGUGAAAAAAAAAAUAAGAAAAUUACGUAUAUCUACCCGAAGUUACAAGUAGAAAAAUAACGAUAACAUGACUCUGGGGUCCUUCUCUCUCUUGCACUGGUUCUGUGAACAUCUCCGAGGCAUUUGCACUGGUAACGUUUUUCUCUACUGGUGAAUUAGUGGCAGUACUCAUGGUGAUGAUUGAAAAAAAAAAUGCAUACUGUGAGAAGUUUUGAAGAAAAAGUCAAGAUAUUGCUACUUUACUAAGGAGUGGCGUAUCGAACUCUGAAGUUGCGUGCCGGUUACCUUAGUAUAAAAAAAGGGUUAUGCGUAUUCAGGGAGGACCCGAAUUCGCAUUUAUUUGGGGAUCCCAGGAUUGUAACCCUCGUGUACUCUGAGACCAUACUGUAAUUUAUUUUUGUUAUAUUAUUCUUAGCAUUGUUACUUAAUACAGUCAGUGAGAUGGAUCAUUAGGGGAAUUGAGAAGGGGCGUGUGGUAUACAGUACUGUACUGUAUACAGUAUUGUCCGGGAGUAAAACUGUCACCUGUUCUGUGUAGUGCCUAGCUGUCAGGGUUUUUGUAGCAAAGAGACAUCAUCACUUUAAUAUAAAACCUGCUUCCUCUUGGCACACACACACACACACACAUACUAUGAAUAGAUUCUCCACUGACAACUGAUGAUCAUUUCCACCAGUAAUAUAAUGUACACAACAACUGUCUCUUCAUAAAUGCAAGUUUCUGGAAAGUCUCAGUAUAAGCCAUAAUUUUAGGCAACUUUUGUUUGUUUAACAAUUAAAUGUGAAUUAUGUCAAAAAAUCUUAACACAAAUACUUGUAUAAAAAAAUAUGUGCAGAUCAUUCAGGUCACUGCCAUUUCUCUAUGCUCUGCAGUGUUUAACCCUUUCACUGCAUUGUCCAAUGUCAUAAUUAUUCCCAACAAGUGUCAUUGUCACCAAAAAAUCAAAGUGCUAAUUUGAGCUUUUUUAUUACUUUUACAUUACAGUAUGAGAAGAACAUGAAGUUUCCAUAUCUGGCAUAAAAAUUCCUUUGAAAUGUGGGUAGCUAGUGGAAAUGUUUUUUAUGAACAAUAUUUAAAAAUAAUAAUAAUAAUAAUUUGUUACUUGGGUAUUCUGCAGGUUAAGUGGUCUGAGGAAAUCAGAUGUUGUCAAAAUUGCCUCCAGAAGCAUGGAUCAUGCCCCUCAAGCAAAUUAUUCAUCACUCGAAAUUCAUUUUUCUUGUAAGUUAUAACCAGGUUUUGAGGUCCAAUAUUGGUACCUCACCUGGAAUCAUUUUGGGUGAAACCAAACAAAACAGACAAUACAAACACAUUUAUUUCAAUAAACAUAUCAAACUUGUAUAUUUUCACUUAUUUUGUAAACCAUAAAAAAAGCAUUUUAUAAACUUCCUUGUAAGGAAGUGGCACAACCCUUCCCAAAAAUCAUCUUCCAUCUUACACUCAUGGUUCUGUAAAAAGAGACAAAAUCUGUACUAACACCUCCAAUAGCAAGUAACAAAAAAUACCAGUAAUAAUACUGUAGUCAGUAAAAAUAUGCCUUGGUUACUACAAAAUAUUCAUUUUCCCCUUUACAUCACUGCAAAAGAUGGGAAACCAAAAACUGUAGUAGUUCAGCAGUAUUCGUUCUUUUAUAUAUAUUUUUGUAAGUGAUGUACUUACACUGCCUGUCCUCAUAUAAUAGAAUAAAAACUUGCCUUAUUUAUUGGGAUGAUAGGCGAUAAAAAAUAUAAUUUGACAGUUGGCAAUAGCUGGGCUUAGGCUUCUGGCAUUGUCUGCAACUCUGCAUAUUUGUGUCGUACUUGAGCCUUUUGUUGAAAGAUGGCAGCACAACCCAGGGCUGGCAGUGCAUUGAAACUCUUGGAACAGUUGAUUCAAGUAGAGAGUAACAAAAUGAUUUUGACCAUGGACUACAGUAGAUUUUUGUGGUGAGCACGAUAAUUUUCAAAUCAACUUCAGUCUAUAUGCACAGUGAAAGGGUUAAAAGAUUUGCAUAAAAAUGUGUAGGUUGUAAAAAGUUAUUCAAUUGUAAAAAUUAACCCUGAGUUUGGUGGUGAAUUGUGUCACUUAGAAUGCUCUCUAAUUUUUACAAGUGGGGCUGUAAACUUUAGUAAUACUGUAAAUCUUUAUGGAGAAUUCUGCCAUAGAUGUGGGAAAUUAACAAGACACAGAUGUUUGAAUUAGUAUUUAGUUUAAAUAGGGGUAUGAGUUAAGGAGAUACAUGUCCAGGGUACUCUGCAAUUGUAAAGUUUAGCGUUGCUUGUAAACUUUUGUGUCAUUGCUAGUCAAAAUUGCAGGUGGUGUGGAGUUGUUGCCUUUAAAUGUAUGGGAACAAAACUAAGCUUGUAAUAUAUGGAUCUUAUGAAUACUGUACAGUAUUAAUAAAACAGUUGUUUGGGUA